AACAGGCAACGUCUACGACUUUUCCAUAUCUGUCUCACAAAUUGGUGAAAUCGCUAAUACGGUUGGAUUUCUGAAGUUCAGUUGUGACACGAUUACUUUAACCGUUUGGUGCGUUCAUCAUUCGCCAUUUUGGGAAAAAUAAAAACCUUGUGAAACACUCCGAGGAUCAGUAGAAAAAGAAAAAAAAUCCUCCUUGUUCAAAAUAGCACGCUUUCUUGAAACACUUUGAUGUCACAUCCACAACUUCGCCAUUAACAUCAUCCAGCAUUUUGCACCUCCAAGAUAGAAGAAUUCUCUUUCCCAUUUGUUUUCGUUUUAUUUUCUCCGGUCACUAAUAAAAAAAUAUAUCUGACAAAAUGUGCGCCACCGGUUAUUUCCACCAAGUUUCCAUGGCUCGUUACACGUUACUGCAUAAUAAUAACAAGAACAAUAAGAAGAUAUAUGGUAGCGCAGACGAUUUCACUGAAGAUAGAGAUGGAAGCAGAGGAAGAAUCAAUGAGUUGGUCCAUCAAGUUAAUUUGGUGGUUACCGGUGAACCUGAGACGGGGAAAACUUCAUUGAUAGAUAAAUUCGAGAAGAAAAACUGCGUUUUGUACCACCGAGGUGAACUCAGCCAUAAUAUGUUGCCGAGAAGGACAGAUAAAGAUGCAAAACGAUGGCAGAGAAUUCUUCUCCGUCUGAAGGACACCAGCACUGAAGCCCAAUGGGAAAUUUACCACCGUUCAAUCGUUCACGGUUAUUUGAUUGUAUUCGAUGUGACAAACGAAAACACCUUCCUCUAUGUCCCUAAAUGGUGUUCCAAAAUCUUCCAAAAUCUUCCAAAACGCAGGCAAUUGACCUUGCAGCGAGUCUUGGUCUAAUUUACCAAGAAGUUGAUUUAGACACAAUGGAAUCGAUAUCGUCUCUCUUUCAUCGAAUGAUCGAUAUGAUUCUAAGCGACAAACCGGAAGUGCUCACCGGAAAUGGAUAAGUAAAUAGAUUUAGGAUUUCAAAAUUUUGGCGUG